AUAAACUAACCACUUCGGCUUCAGUCCAAACAUUAAAUCGAAUUAUGACUGGAAAUACGGUCAAUCCAUUUGAGCAUCUGAUCCAGCAAUUACACAAAGAUCAACAUUGUACGGACAAACUACCUGUUCGAAAGAUAUACAUCGACGAAGAUCCAGCGAAGGAACAAGUUGUGCCAUGUCCUCGUUGCUCAAAUCGAAAUCAACAAAACAUGGUGCGUUAUCUGUUCGUGAACUUAAGGGAAGCUAUAUACAAAUGUGAAGCGUAUGAUUGUAUGUACCCCUUCCGGAAUUUUAAGUUUAAAAAUUUCGAAGAAUGCACAGUGUACCGAUAUGAACUGCAAUCACAGCACGAUUUCGCCUCGGAUUAUGUGAACAACUUGCCGAACAGUUGCAAUACUUUCGACAAUACGAUCGAACACAUAGGUGCGAUAGACUUCAACAUGGAUUUUUUAUCUUGCGAAGGUGUGGCCGACGUUAACCAGCAACCGGCAACAACACAAACUGUUUCUCAUGCUACACAUUACAGUAAUUCUUCAACUAACUUCGAUACCGGAUUUAUUGAUGAAAUUCUUGAAGAUUUAUUUCCUACCUCGUCGAAUCCAAUGUCUGAUAUGAAGAAGGAACAGGAAGCGGAGGCAGUUUCCGUUGAUGGAACAUCCACCUCAAUGACACAUGUUAAUUCAUCGUACAGCCCCAUCACACAAUGCAGCAGUGUUCGUAAGCUGGAAAAAUGUCUCAAAGUGUUUGAGAAACCACAAAAGAUUAAUGAAGAUGAUGUAUUCAAGAAACCAAAGGCACCGAAAAACGUUAACCUUGUUGUAGAGCAUAUCACGCCUACGAAACUAAGGAUAAAAAGAGUUGCGCUAGCGAAAAGUAAAUUGCACACCAUGGGAAGCAGCAAACGUAGUGACAGACCAGCCCAGCCCUUUCCACUCGAUAUUGUUUCAAACGGUACGCUGGAGUUGAAGCAUGCAAGGGCGUUGGUUAAAAGAAAGAAAUUAAAGCCCUUAGACUUGCUAUGUAAACUUAAAACACUAACAGAACAAAUACCUUCAGAUAGUUCACCAGUAUUGUGUCAACCAAUUAGACGAAAGAGUCCCAGUAGUGCUAAAGUGCAAAAGAUGCUUAACUUUAUACAACGCAGUAUGAAAACGGAAGAUAGCGAAAGCGAAAGCUUUAAAUCUGUUGAGACUGUAACGGAUGCUGAGAGGAACUAUUGCAAUAGAAAUUCUCACAACAUAGUCGAAGCAUAGUUUCUCCUUCCGGGGAAAUAGGCAGGUUGUUACAUUUUAUAGAUUAGUCGCAUUUUUACAUUGUAAAUAAAAAAAAUAAAUAAAAACUAAUGAUACCUAAAU